UUGAUUAACGUGACGGCGGUGAUGGAGGGGAAGGCGCUGCUCCCCUGUGACGUGUCCACCAACCUGGAGGACGACCAUCCAGUCCUCAUUAUGUUCUACAGCAGCGACUCUGGCACACCCAUCUACACGGUCGACCUCCGAAGCCGCCGGAUACCUCAACCUAAGCACCAGCCGCUCUCCGUGCUCAAGAACCGAGCUAGGUUUGACAUGAGCCUCGGUAAAUCAGGCCUUGACCUGGAGACGGUGUGGAGCUCUGAUGACGGUCUCUACCGCUGCCGGGUCGACUUCAAGAAAUCUCCGACACGUAAUUCCAGGAUCUACCUCACAGUAAUAGUGCCGCCAGACAGUGUGCGAAUCUUGGACAUCAACGGCAACGAGAAGAGCUCCACCAUUGGCCCCUAUGUGCUAGGCAUGACCCUCACGCUCAAGUGUGUGGCCACGGGCGGCCGACCGCCGCCCAAGCUGACGUGGUGGGCUGGCCACAAGGAGGUGCGGGGGGAGGUGAGCGAGGGCAAGGGGGAGGUAAUCAACACACUCUCCGUGCCCUCCCUCCAGCGACACCACCUCCACCAGUCCUUCAUCUGCCAAGCCAGUAACGCCGAACUAGCCAUCCCUGUCACUGCGGCGGUCACCAUUGACAUGAAACUACCGCCCAUGUCCAUCAACCUCAUGGGAGUAGAUGGACCAAUUUCGGCGGGCGUGGGAGUAACGGUGGUGUGCAUGGUGGUGGGCGCGCGACCCCCUCCUGAAGUCAGCUGGUGGCUAGAUGGGCGGCCUCUGCGAAAUAGCGGUGAGAGGCUGCUGGACAAAGGCAACGUGACAGAGAGCAAGGUGGUGGUGGUCGCUACUGAUGAGGACCAGGGACGCUACCUCUCCUGUAGAGCAGACACCCCGGGUCUGCUCCAGUCCUCCCUGGAAGACGGCACCAAGCUCGUCGUGCACUACGUGCCGGUGGUUCAGAUCUCCCUCAACACACGCCUGGAGCUACACGACAUCAGGGAGGGUAUGGACGUGUACUUCACCUGCAGCUACAAGGCCGUACCCACCCCUACCGCCGUCCUCUGGUACCAUAACGAGAACCAGCUGAAGGCCAACAGUACGGGAGGGGUGAUCGUGGCCAACAUGAGCCUCGUGUUGCAGAAGGUGGAGAGAUAUUCCUCCGGUAGCUACACCUGCAGGGCCAUUAACUCCGAGGGUCAGGGCACCUCCAGACCCAUCCUGCUCGACGUCAAGUACUCGCCCGUGUGUCGACCGGGGCAGCGCUGGGUGUACGGCAUCGCGCGACACGAGAUGGUCCACGUAUCCUGUGAGGUCGACGCACACCCUAAACACGUCAGCUUCGCCUGGGUCUUCAACAACUCGGCGGAAGCUACAGACAUCCCAGAGGCUCACAUCACGGACAACCUGACGCUCAGUAUGGUGAGCACCGAUCGUCACCAGCUGACUUACACACCCAUCACCAAGCUCGACUACGGCUUCUUGUUUUGCUGGGCUACCAAUUCAGUGGGGAAGCAGCGAGAGCCCUGUAGGUUCAGGAUUUUUCCCGCAGGACCUCCCGACGCCCUCAAGAACUGCACUGUGUUGAACCAGAGUACCGACGCCGUGCAGGUAAGCUGUGAGGAAGGGUUCGACGGCGGCCUGCCACAGAGCUUUGUCAUGGAGGUCUACGAAACGGAAGGCCGGAAGCUGAAGUCCAACGUGACUAGCAAGACGCCCUUCUUCACGGUGCGUGGGCUGCCCUCUGGACUCUCCCUCACCAUCAGGAUCUAUGCAGCCAAUUCCAAGGGCCGCUCAGAGCCUUCCGUCCUGCCAGCUGAGACCAUAGCCAGUGUCCCUACUAAUCGUCACUCAGGUGUGGUGCCAGCGAGUGAGUUGCCUUCCACGAUGGAGCUGUAUCCGUCCUUGGCUAUCAUCCUGGGUGUGGUGGGCGGCAUCCUGGUGGUGUUCGUGGUGAUCGUGGUGGUGAUGGUGGUGCGGCGCCCUCGGAGGGAGAACCAGCGGCGACUCAACCAGGAAGACUCCAGUUUACACAUCCUGAAGAAGGACGACAGCCACAGUGGGCGCCUCGACGUGGACGAGAAAGAUCCAGACGUCAUACCGGAAACUCGAGUAUUGACUCGGAGGGUGGACCCGCCAGUCACCUGCGAGGAGCUGAGCAGCUGUGAACUAUCAGAGCUGGCAGCCACCCAGACGCCCCCCCGCACUCAUGACUCCUUAUGUCCGCUACACUUAGGAAGCCGUGCCGACCUAAUGGAUCGUCGAGGCGUAGCUGACGUCUCCACAAUAUAUGGUGAGAUGGUUGCCAACAACCCUGAGACCUCCCACGCGCCGGCCGAGCUUCCUCACCCCCAUGCCAACGCUUAUGUAGAGCCCAGCCACAUCACCCAUGCCACACACGCCCACGUAGAGCCAGUACACGCCCACGUCGAGUCCCAACCACACGUCCACCAGUCGCAGUACAUCCAGCAGGAGUAUGCCUCAUCCCCACUUCCCGUCGACAUGCAUCACUCAGUCUCCUACCACCACAUGCCCCCUACACCCACCUCUAUCCCUGCACCCAUGUACACCCACGCCCAUGCUAUGCCCGUCUCCCACACCCAAACUCUACCCCACCCACGCUCAAGCCACGCGAGGAGCCACAACGCCAACGCGGCAACAUUGCAGAGGCGGAGCAGCCUGUACAUGGACCCCAUGACCACUCCCUUGGCCCCGCCUAUCGCCCCGCCCCCAGCCUACGAUACGCCCACAUCGUCUCUCGGCCCAGAUAUGAUGGCCGUCGUGCCCAUGGUCGCGGAAACGGUUUGCAUCACGCCCAACCCCUCUCUGCACGCCCACACCAGUCCGCCCGAGCAGUACCCGCCCAAGCCCUUCCCUACAUCGUUCAGCAGCGACCGCAUGGAGAGUGCAGUGUGAAGGAUGGCAGUUUGAGAGAUUGAGUGUGUUGUGUUGGGAAAGGUAUACUUCACCCCCCAGGAAUCCUAGCCAGCCAGUGAGAUUCCGUGCAGAUACUGAGGUAGCCAGUAGUUGUUUAUUGAGAGAGUUUCGUCAGUGCAGUCCUAGAACUCGGAAGAGUGUUGAGCUUUCGUCUUAUGGUCAACAACUACUACCGACGUUGGCUGCAUGAUGCUUUACUGUGUAUACUUUACAUAAAUCGACAUUUAUACUUGUACAGAGAUAUUUGGUAUUGUCACGGACACCUGUUAUAUAAUAUAUCUAGUGUUUGAAUGAAUCAAUAGUGAAAGUGCUGGCAACAACACACUAAGAGAGCACACCUGGCACCUGCUCAUGACUCCCGAGUUUACUCCUAGCUGAAAAUCAACAACCAAUCAUAUUACUCCCGCAUACACCAGCUCCUGGUAUCCAUGUGCUCACUCACCGUCACUCAAUAACUGGGUGGUGUAUCUCAGUAACUCAGUAACACGGUGCCGCAGCUCGGUAACUCAGACUGGAGGACACUCACUCCAGGUUAUUGUGUGCUGCAGUGCCACCCGUUAUUAUAGUGCUUCACCCCCGGCUACAUAGUUAGAUUGUGUAUACUGUGGUGCAACAGUAAUCUAGACAGAUAAAAAUCACAGGUAGUUACCACGAGGUCACUUCCUCUCUUUUUCUUGUUCCAUAUGUACACUGUGGAUAUUUCUUAGUGAAUUUACUGUGAGUUACUCGAAAAUGUAUCCUGUUUUUUAUAUGAUCAAGGCCCAGUACCCCUGUUCCCUUGUUCUUUCACUGGUUACUUACUUAGUCGAACGUGUAUGAAAAGCAAGUGGACGAUUCAUAUCAUUGUUUACCAACAAGUUGCAAAAGUUGAUUUCUAGUUACAUGCUGUGAGAUAUGUUUUGAGAAGGAUAAUUUGAUGUAAACGUAAAUUCAACAGUAUUACAAGAAUGAAAUGUAUCGUGUAAAAUUACCAAAGGGAACAAAAUAUUCUUUACCGAUUUAAUGGAGAUGAAAUCAGCAUUAUUUUUUUAUGAUCUUAUACAAUACAUAUACUGUACACACAUACGAGUCUAGUAUAUACACUCCAAGCUGUGGAUCAAACUGGACCGGCCGCCUGGGAGGUUAGUGGAGAUGCCUUUGUAUAAUUUCCGGAUUAGGAACCUUUCGCUUAUGAAAAAUGUAAGUUUUACUUUCCUCAGGUGAAUUUAUUAAAGACUGAGAUUAGAAACUUCCGUGACACCUCCCGAGUGAGUUAAUAAAAAAGAAGUCAUAUUGCUAUAACCAUCCCAUGUACCAAACAAAACCACAAGGGUACAAGACCAUUAGUGGGCACUUGCUUUACUGUACUGUACUAAACAAACUCAGGCCACGUGUGUGUUUGUAACUCACUAGUAUACGUCAUAAGACUCACGAUAUGAGUCUUGUUCCUCGGUAUAUCUUUCUUAAUCUUAACUCGUGGUAAACUUGAAUUCACGCUUAAUGAUCUUUUAAAGUACAGUAAUACAUGAUAAUAGAAAACAUCACAAUCGUUUCCACAACAAAUACUUCCAUAAGAUCCGUCGGUAUGAAUUUCACCUUGUUCGAGUUACCUGUAAGUGGUGUGUGUCAUUGAAUAUUCUCGCCAGAAGUCUCGCUGCCAGCAUUUACAUCCGAUAACAGCGACACAUUGCGGUCUCAAUCUAUAUCAGGCAGAUUAAGAAUAUUUUGUCUUUUGUUAUGCCAAGAAAUUUUUUCUUUAUAUUACAGCAAUAACCCAGACAGUUAGCCUGGAAAACGAUUACGCAAAAUAUGAUGAAUAAUGAUAAAUUCGACCACACGUAAAUGCUUCGGCCACACUUCUGUGAUUUUUUUUUCAGUUAUGCCACAUUAAGUUAUAGAUCCUGAAGAGUGGAACAUUUUCUAUAGAAAGAUUGAUAUUGUUGGGACACUGACGCCACAACAACAUGAACUAAGGAUAGAUCACAAUAACUCUUGCCCCUGACAUUAUUGGACAUUUCAGACAUUGUAUAUUUGAAUGACAAGACUUCCUUGAUAAAGGUUCCAGAUCCGGGAAUAAUACAGACGCCAAGAACUGUGUAACUCAAACACUGUCACCAGACAGGUCCAUACAGUAUCAACCGUAGCGUUAAUAGUCAACACGUGUAAGUAAUUUAAGAAUAAGGCUUUCUAAGACACUUAAAUGAUAC